UUAUAGAUGUAAGUAUCGAAUCUAUCGAUAUUGUUCCUACACUAGCUGCUGUCAUCUGCGCGCAGCCGCAUACCCGCUCGCUGUUGUCGUUGCGUCAGUUGCUUGGCUGUCAGUCAGACUCAGACGGCUGAUUCAAGUUUGGCUAGUUUCGAGUGUCGUUUCAUAUCGUUGCACCGUGGCGGUUAUUAUUGUGUGAUUUCAUGUUCAAACAAACAUUGUGUGCGAUUGAGAAUGAAUAAAUCUCACUUAAAUUCGGUUGUAGUGUUCUGCGUUUGUUUGGUUCCUUCGAAUGAAAACUAGAGCAAUGUGUGAAAUUGUAAACAGAUGACUUCAAUCAAACCAUAUGUUUCGAUACCUGCAGUUGUUUGGGCCCAAUCUUAUCGAGAGUGCCGGAACGGCCGGUGAAGCGCCCUGAAUAGUGGAUUUUAAUGAGCAAAAAGAUAACACCGACCCCAUUUCAGAUGAAUAAAAAUGUCAACAGAAGGAAGCGGAGAGACUCCAUCGAGCGGUCCGAGCCUGCCUGGGGCGCCGGAGCAAACAUACCUAUUCCCAAAGGCGAAAGGGCAUUCGAGGUCCAUCAGCCAUGGAGGAACGCCAAUGUUGGCGGGCGCACCAGCGCCGCGGCCGCUCAAAUCGGCCCUGCGCGGCCACCAGCGCGCCUUCUCGCAAGGCCAAAUCGGCGACGGCCGUGCUGGAUCGGGUGCGCCGGGCCACAGCCGCACUGGGUCGCGCACAGACUUCAUCCUGCCACCUGGGCACCGCGCGGAUGCGCCGGCGGCGCCACGCACUGGUUCCGUGCGCGCGCACUCGCGGCAGGCCUCGCGCUCCGACUCCAUCUACACCCUGCGCCGCACGUCGGUGGUGAGCCCGUGGCGCCGCACAUUGUUUUGGCUGAUGCGCCGGCAGGCUCCUCAGGUGGACGCGCGUCACAUCACAGUCGUUCCCAACCACCUUGUGCCUGAAAAAACCCCUCCAAAAGAGCACCCAAAUGGCCAGCGCUGCAACAACAAAAUCAGGACUACUAAAUACACUCUGUUGUCAUUCCUUCCUAAAAAUCUGUUUGAACAGUUUCAUAGAGUUGCCAAUGUGUACUUUAUAUUCAUAGUGUUGUUGAACUGGGUGCCCGCCCUGAAUGCUUUUGGCAAAGAGAUUGCCAUGUGCCCUGUUGUGUUUGUGCUAACUGUGACUGCCAUCAAGGACUUAUUUGAAGAUCGACGGAGACACCUCUCUGAUAAAAGAAUCAACAAUUCCUACUGCAGAGUUUAUAAAGUGAACGUGGACCGAUACGUGCGAGUGAAAUGGCGCGACGUGCGCGUGGGUGACCUGGUGCACCUGUCCAACAACGAAGCGGUGCCCGCGGACAUGGUGCUCCUCCACACCUCUAACCCUCUGGGGAUCUGCUACCUCGACACCUGCAACCUCGACGGCGAGACCAACCUCAAGCAGAGGAUGCUACCGCCCGGUUUUUUAGAAAUGCAUUUAACUUUUCGUCCAUCGAAGUUCAAAAGCACAGUGGAAGUGGAACGGCCCUCAACCAAGAUCAACCGAUUCACAGGCACCAUCUCGCACCCGAACAAGGAGCGCGUGCAUCUCAACUCCGACCACCUGCUGCUCCGCGAGUGCACGCUCAAGAACACCGACUUCGUGGAGGGUAUCGUCGUGUACGCCGGCCACGAGACCAAGGCCAUGCUCAACAACGGCGGCCCCCGCUACAAGUGCUCCAAACUUGAAAAGAAAAUGAACACCGACGUUAUCUGGUGCAUCUUGGUCCUUCUAUUCCUUUGCUGUACAGGCGCCGUCGGCUGCAAGAUAUUUCUCGACAAGUAUUACAGCCUUCCUAACUUUCCUUAUUUCAUAAUUACCACGAACUCCCCCGCCUACGAAGGACUGAUAAUAUUUUGGACGUACAUUAUUGUCUUACAAGUUAUGAUACCCGUGUCGCUAUACGUGACGAUAGAGAUGACGAAGCUGUUGCAAGUUUACCACAUACACCAGGACGUGGAAAUGUACGAUCCGAUGACGAAUACUCGCGUACAGUGUAGAGCGUUAAACAUCACUGAAGAAUUAGGGCAAAUCAAGUACCUCUUCACUGACAAGACGGGUACGCUCACCGAGAAUAAGAUGUUAUUUCGUCGGUGUACGGUGGCGGGAGUGGACUACGACCACCCGCCGGGGCCGCCGGCGGAGCCGUCGUUGGACCUGCCGCCUAUCGUCACCCCCGUCACUCACAUCUCGCCCAACACCAGGAUGCUUCAGCAUUUGCUCGACAACAAUGGAAAUGAACACACUCAAAAGGUACGAGAGUUCAUGCUGAUCCUGGCGGUGUGCAACACGGUGGUGGUGUCGCAGCCGCACGUGGACGCCAUGCACAUGAGCGGCUCCAGCCCCGGCGACCCGGAGCCCGCGCGCUCCAACGGCACCGCUCGCUCCACCGACAAAUCGCAGCGAGGGCGCAAGGUGUCCAAAAAGCUGGCAACAUUGCCCCGCUGGGUGGCCAUGCUCAGGGCCAGAUACGCGCGGCUGACAGAGUCGCGGUCGACCACGCCGUCGCCGCCGCCGUCCACGACGUCGCCACUGCGCUUCAAGCUGGCGCGCCUGCCCUUCGUGCGCGGCGACGACAUCAGCGCCAGCGAGCCCAGCACUAGCGCCGACCAACAGACGGUGCGUUUCGAGGCGGAGAGCCCCGACGAACUAGCGCUGGCGGAGGCGGCGCUGGCCUACGGGUACGAGCUACGCUCACGCGCACCUCACGAGGUGGAGGUCGGCGUGCGCGGCGAGCUGGCGCGCCUGCGCGUGCUGCGCGUGCAGCAGUUCGACGCCACGCGCAAGUGCAUGAGCGUGGCGCUGCGCGACCCGCAGGGCCAGGUGGUGUUGUACGUGAAGGGCGCGGACAGCACGGUGCUGAGCGCGCUGACGCCGGCGCGCGCGGGCUCGGCCGAGGCGGGCGCGCUGGAGCGCACGCGCGCGCUGCUGUCCGACUACUCGCGCGCGGGGCUGCGCACGCUGGUCAUGGCCAAGCGCGGCAUGAACGCCGCGCAGUGGGAGGAGUGGCUCGCCUCGCAUCAGCGCGCCUCCGAGGUGCCAGAGGGUCGCGAGAAACGCAUUCGCGAAUCGCUCGCUCGCCUCGAAAGCGCUUUAACGCUGGUCGGAGCUACAGGCGUCGAAGACCGUCUCCAGGAGGAUGUGCCCCGCACCGUGCGGGCCUUGUUGGACGCCGGCAUCAUCGUGUGGGUGCUCACGGGGGACAAGCCUGAGACCGCCAUCAACAUCGCCUACUCGGCGGCGCUGUUCUCACAGAGAGACAGGCUGCUCCAUCUUAUGUCGAGAGACAAGGACCAAGCCGAGUCUACGAUCAAGGCUUAUUUAAGUGCUCCACUUGGGCCAGGCGGGCGUGCUCUGGUGGUGGACGGGCGCACGCUGACGUACAUCCUGGACCGGCGCUCGGGGCUGGUGGCGCCGUUCCUGACGCUCGCGCGCCGCUGCUCCGCCGUGCUGUGCUGCCGCGCCACGCCGCUGCAGAAGGCGUACAUCGUGAAGGCGGUGAAAGAGGAGCUGGGAGUGACGACGCUUGCGAUUGGGGAUGGAGCCAACGAUGUGUCCAUGAUUCAGACCGCGGACGUCGGCGUUGGGCUGUCCGGGCAAGAGGGCAGGCAAGCGGUGAUGGCGUCCGACUUCGCGCUGUCGCGGUUCAAGUUCGUGGAACGGCUGCUGCUGGUGCACGGCCACUGGUGCUACGACCGCCUCGCCAGGAUGAUACUCUACUUCUUCCUCAAGAACGCUGUGAGUAAUCGAACAUCUCAUAAACAAGCGGUGAUGGCGUCCGACUUCGCGCUGUCGCGGUUCAAGUUCGUGGAACGGCUGCUGCUGGUGCACGGCCACUGGUGCUACGACCGCCUCGCCAGGAUGAUACUCUACUUCUUCCUCAAGAACGCUACGUUCGUGUUCCUCGUGUUCUGGUACCAGUUGUACUGCGGGUUCUCGUCGGCGGUGAUGGUGGACCAGCUGCACAUGAUGACAUACAACCUCGUGUUCACCGCCUUCCCGCCGCUCGUCAUCGGUGCGUACGACCGCGUGGCGCCGGCCGCGCUGCUGUCGGAGCGGCCCGGGCUGUACAGCGCGGCGCGGCGCGGGCUGGCCUACCAGGCGCACUCCUACUGGCUCGUGCUGGCCGAGUCGCUCUACAUCAGCGUCGUCAUCUUCUUCACCGCCGUCGGCGCCUACUGGGACUCCACCGUGGGCCUGUGGGCCUUCGGCAUCUGCAACAUGACCGGCUGCCUCGUCAUCAUGCUGGCGUACGUCGCCAUCGAGACUAGGAGCUGGCUUUUCUAUCAUAAACUUACGGUGAUCCACGCGAUCGCGCUGCUGGGCUCGCUGGGCGCGUUCUUUGUGGGCACGCUGAUCUACCACUCCAUCCCCUUCUCCAUCCUGGGGAUGCCCAUGGCCUACCACGUCAUCCACCACGCCAUCGCCGACCCCACCUACUGGCUGGUGGUGGUCGUGGCCGCCGUCGCUUCGCUCGCGCCGAGAAUGGCGUACCACGCGGUCCGUAACUCGUGGCGGCCCAACGUGCUGGGGCGCGCGGUGCUGGCGCGGCGUCGCGGCCGCGCGCGCCUGCCCUACGCCGCGCACUACCACUGCGGCACCGCUAGCGCCGAGGCGCACGUGUACAGGUCGACGGACGAGGACGGUCUGCAGAAGACCGCCGCGGACGUGGCGGCCAUCACGUGACCGCGCCGCGAGCUCCGAACCUAGGCUGUGAUCUGUGUUAAAGUAGAUGUAGAUUGUCGACGCGCCCAGACCGCCCACCGCCCAGACCGCCCGGGCGGCACGGCUACCGAAACGUUGCAUCGUCUCACGCUCUUACUCAUUUCCUUCCAGAAACAGAAUCUCCUAUCUUGUAUACGUAAGAAAAAGGUAAAAGAGGUAUUCAAUCCACUAAACUGAAUGAACCACAUUUAGAAUUCGUUUUGUGAGAAUAAAAUAAUAAUUGGAUCCCUAAUUAGAUCUAUUCCCGGUAAAUAAUAAUACCUAAUUGUAGUAAGUGUUCUGGAAAUCAGCUUUAUAAGUUUUGAACCUUGCAUACGAAAUAAGUGCAGUCGAUGAAACGUUUGGUAUAAUAAGAUGCCUAGUUGGGUCAGCGUAUUCGAUUUUAUAGACUAAUAUAGUGUUUUCGUAAGAUGUCGGGACCAAUGUGUCACAUUCUAACAAAUGAUUCAUGCUACACCGUGUCAUAUACGACAAAAAGUCGAGUGGCAUAAAAAUACACAUACUUU